AUGAGGAGCGUCCAGACUAACACUUCAAGUACCACUAGCUUCAUACUAAUGGGCUUCCCAGAGAUGGGGAGUCUGGAGCACUGGCUGGCUGCCCUCCUGCUGCUGCUGUACGUUAUCUCCAUUGUAGGCAAUGCCCUGAUUCUCUUCAUCAUAAAGGAGGAACAGAGCUUGCACCAGCCAAUGUACUAUUUCCUGUCCCUUCUUUCUGUCAAUGACCUGGGGGUGUCCUUUUCGACUUUGCCCACGGUGCUGGCUUCUAUGUGUUUUCAUGUCCCAGAGAUGGCCUUCGAUGCCUGCUUGGCCCAGAUGUUCUUCAUACACUUUUUUUCCUGGACAGAGUCUGGGAUUCUCCUGGCCAUGAGUUUUGACAGGUAUGUGGCCAUCUGUAACCCCUUGCACUAUUCCUCUGUGCUUACAGAUGCUCGUGUGGUCCAUAUGGGCAUGUCCAUCAUUAUCCGUAGCUUCUGCAUGGUCUUUCCACUUCCUUUCCUACUGAAGAGGCUGCCCUUCUGUAAGGCCAAUGUUUUGACCCAUUCCUACUGCUUACACCCAGACCUCAUACGCCUACCCUGUGGAGAUACCACCAUCAACAGCAUGUAUGGUCUGUUUAUUGUCAUCUCUGCCUUCGGUAUAGAUUCAGUGCUCAUCCUUCUCUCCUAUGUGCUCAUUCUGCGCUCUGUGCUAGCCAUUGCCUCCCAGGAAGAGAGGCUUAAGACACUCAACACGUGUGUGUCACAUAUCUCUGCUGUGCUCAUCUUCUAUGUGCCCAUGAUUAGUGUGUCAAUGGUCCACAGAUUUGUAAAGCAUGCCCCAGAGUAUGUGCACAAGUUCACAUCCUUGGUCUAUCUCUUUGUGCCUCCAAUGCUCAAUCCCAUUAUCUAUUCCAUCAAGACAAAAGAGAUUCGCAGGAGGCUACACAAGAUGUUAUUUGGCACCAAGUUCUGA